UCACUGUGUGCAGCUCAGUAACGUGGACUGUACUCAAUUCUGCUGGCGGCUGCUCACCUUACAUUCUGUUUGUGGUUCUGAGAGUUUAAAGUGGACAAAAGAGUUUUUUUCCCUCUUUGUUGAAGAUCUGGCACAACAUGGCAGGAAACAAAACAGUCGACACCAAAAAACUUGACACUGUCUUUGCAGAAUCCAGAGUGGACACACCCUCAGUCUCCUCUCGUCUGAAAGCCUUUCGUCGACAGUUUCAUACAGUCCGUGCUGCUGCUGGGGACACUGUCCACCUGCACUGUCGCCUCUCACCUGAAAUCAGUGCAGCGGCCAGAGAGAUCAGGUGGUUUAAGGGGACAGACUGUAUUGAAGUGUUUCAGGUCACUGUGGGAAGUGGCUGUGAAGGCAGUGUGAAACUGACACUGAGAGAUGUUAAAGUCGCUGAUUCUGGGCAAUACAGGUGUGAAAUGCUGGGAGAGAAGAAAGAGGAGAUCUCAGUUAUUCAUCUGCACGUAUCGGAGUUUAAACUGGUCUCCAGAUUAGAAGAUGUUGGAAAGCUGUCUGAUGUUGAACCUCUGAAACCCACUUCCAAGAAGCAGAGCUCUCCAGAUUUUGGACCUCAUGCUUUUUGUGGUCAUGAUGUCACCCUGCCCUGUUACCUCUCUCCUGAAACCAGUGCUGUUGCCAUGGAGAUCAGGUGGUUUAAAGGGACAGACUGCAUUUACCUGUAUCAGAAUGGUCAGGUGACAGAGGGGAGGGGCUACGAGGGCAGAGUGAGCAUGACCGACGAGCUGCAGAGAGGAAACGUGUCUCUGAGUCUGAGAGAUGUUCAGUGGUCAGAUUAUGGAGAGUACUGGUGUGAGGUCACUCAUGGAGGACAAAGGGUGAAAAAUGAUGGAGUGCAAAUAAAAGUUCCAUCUCUUCCCAUUCUACUUCAUUUCAUGGACUGUUUUUGUGAUCCCACUCACCCACUACACAGCUUCUUUAGCCUGCUGCCUUCAGGGAGGAGACUGCGGAGUCUCCGGGCCAGGACCAGCAGACUGGGGGACAGCUUCAUCCACCAGGCUAGCAAUGGUGUGAAGCCCCUGGCCAACGCUGAGGCCCUAGACAUUCACCACUUCUGCCUGUAG